AAAGAUGUCUAUCUAGUGAUGGACCGCCCUGCUAGCUCAAGCAAUGUUAGCUAGCCAGCUGCGCUGAAAUGGGCGUUCACUGCUGAGCCGAUACUCAACUAGGGGCCCAUGCGAGUGACAGCAUCGGGUUUUGUUGGUUUCAGUUUCAUGAAGAAUUAACAUACACGCUGUCUUUGAGCCGUGUAUGUUAUUAUCAGCGUUGGUCGUGAUAGGUUGCAGUUAAUGCGCAAUACUAAUACAGGGGGCUGUUGCUAGCAAAGGCAUGAUGUUGCUAGCUCUCCAAACGGAUGCUCACUGAGGUUGAUGUGUGAGGCAAACCACAGCCAGGGAACCAGGAGCAGAUACACCGCUGUGAUUCCAGCUUUACGCUUGGAGACUGCUAAGAAGACUGCACAUGAAUGUGUCUUCAUGAUGACUGACCUUCAACUCUCCACUUGCUGUAACUAAGAAAUGGAAUAGUCUCAACUCUGCUUUGACAAAGCUUGAAGCAACCACUCCUCCUGACAUCAUCUUCCACGACAUAGGCCUGUUUGUCUGGAAACAAGUCAGGCUUUGAGCCAAUACCAGUAAGAUGCCCGGAAGAAAGCAUCCCUACAGGCUGAAGCCUAGCUACACCAACUGAAAGCGUAAGACAACUGCAGCUCUCUUUUUAAAGGAUGUGCUGCUGAUUGGAUGCUACAUCUCAUUCUUCUUCCACCUCUCCAGACGUUGAGUGUGUGCCAGGGUUUACAUUGAAUAUGGUGACCAAAAAUGGUGCUUGAAUGUGGCAUACUGGUGCAGAGUAUGCUAAAGAGGGUGAGGCUUUUUCAGAAAAGUACAACAGCUGACUGAUAGUCUGCUGCCAAUAAUGGAUGCCAAGUUAAAGGAGGACCUUUUUCGAAGGUAUGUAACGGCACUGGAGAGGCGUCUGGAAGAUGGAGGUGAAUAUACAGCAGGGGACAGAGGGCGGCGUAAGGACAGCGAGGCCCUACUCUCAACAGCUACAGCUCUGCUAGGGGCCUACCAGCCGGAUCCUGGACAGCGUUUUCGGAUGGUUCGUUUCUACGAAAUGGUGGAUAAUUCUCUCCGCUGCCAGAGAGGAGGCAACAUCAGGAGCCUGGAGAGAGCCUUCAACACAUUAGAAACCAUCUGCACCAACCUCUUGCUAUUCCCCUGGAAGAAGGAGUUCAGAUGUAUAAAAACCUUCACUGGCCCAUAUGUGUACCAUCUGCAGUCAGCCAUCUCUGAUCCUGAACUCCGGACUCUAAUGCGCACCAUUGGCUACGCCUGUGACCAUGAUUCGCAAUUCCAUUUGCAGGAGCACCCGGGAGGCACAAAUCAUCUCCGGCAGUUGGCGUUCGAGCUCUUCUUGGCCCAGGCAGAGUGUCGUCUGCUGGGAGAGGUAGUGGCUCUGGCCCGUGGCUCGGCCUCAGAGCUGGAGGCCCUGGAACUCCGCAAAGGUUGCAGAGAUGAUGCAGCCGGCUGUGCUGAGGCGCUCCGCAGACGCGACAGCCUCGGGGCCGAUAUGGCUCGGCUGUCUGUGCGCCCGUUGGAUUUAGAGAGGCCUCAUGCCCACCACCUGAGGCGAGGUAGCCGACCAUCUAAGUCUGUGGAUGUUACAGAUGGAGCUGGUCACUGGCACGCAGCAGUCAGCAAGCCUGUGUUAAAGGCCUCGCUGAGUCUGAGGAAGGAGACUCUGUUUGUGGACACAGAGGAGGAUAUGAAGGAUGAGAUCCUCCGGCCCCUCACCUCAACGUCUCUCUUCUCUGUGGCCGCUCCUCAGUCCUAUAGCCCUAUUGCAGAUUUCUUCCCUAUUCAGUCACCUCCCCCGGCUGACGCUUACACAUCUUACCACCUGUCCUCUUUGGAUGAAAUUGACUUGUACACAGAGAGGGGCGUUGGGACGGGGGGAAGACAGACCCCCUCUCGCCCUCCAUCCAGAGAGCCUCGGGAUCAAAGGGAUGCGUGGCUGCUCAAAGCUCACGGCAGUGUGAAGUGUCAGGGCUGUGGGCUGGCCUGCUCCUCUAUGGCCUCCUGCCAGAGGUGUGACAUGAUCCUCUGCUCUACCUGUCACGAUGUGGACCCCUCCCCUUGUUGUGGCCUACAGGAAUACCACCCGAAAUCCCCACGGCCCCUUGACGGAUACAUUCCUGUGAAGGAAAAACUCUCCGUGUACUCAAAUACGCACUCCCACUCCCAUCUACAUCCACACCCCCUCACGCUGACCCACUCACACUCCCACCCCCACCCUCACCCCCAGAUGGUGGAGAAACCCCUCAUGUCCACAAAGCUGUUUGCCAGCAAGUCUGUUGCCUUGACAACGCCAAAGGGAGGCAGCAGUGAGCGACUGAGCUUGGGGGGAUCGCGAUGUGGGUUUUGCAACAAGCCAGGGGCAUCCCACACCUGUGUGAACUGCUCCAAGGUGUCAUGUGACUCGUGCAUGGGCCUGUAUGCGAAGGAUAUUUGCACCAGAAAGAAUCCCCAGCACAGCUUUGUGCCCAACCAUCAGCUCAACUUCAAAUCUGGCACCAUAUCUCACCUGGUGUACCGAUGAAUCAGGCAGACAGUAUUUGUUUCUCCCUCCUAGUCCCCUCCCUCAACCCGCUGCAUAGUCUCGCACUAUUGCUUUAGCGCUGUUCCUGGUUAGCAACUCAUUCACUAUCUCCCCCUUUAUCUGCUGGUCUUUUAGCUCUAUCUUACCCUCUCUUGAACUUUGUACAUUUUCUCUUACCAUCAGUAAUGGCCCUGAAAUGCACAUGCCACAGAGAGCCAUAUUGUCUGCCCAUCUCUUUGCAUUGUACAAGUUCAGGCCUUUUAUCUAUUUCUUCUUCCUUUUACCCUGCUACCUGCUCUUGAGUAGUUUUGUGAUGUUGUAGCGCUUUCCCCAAAUCCUCAAAUGUUGUCCUCUUCAAAGGGGAAACUGGAAAAAAGGGAGAGAAUUCCUUCUUAUUUUGAAUGAAUUCCGUCCAAAUGAACAUAUAUACUUUGCCUAACUUCUCAGCUAAAAAAUCCUCUAAUAUAAAUAUAUAUAUAUACUGUGUGUGUGAGUGUGUGCGUGUGUGUGUGCGCAUGUGGAAAAGACCUCUGAGCUUGCAUUGUGAAACAGGAGAUCUUUUUAAACUUGAAAAAUAGUAUGGAAACACAGAAAACAUACACUGGAAGUCAAUAAGUCAAUAGUAUAUAUAUUUUUAAUCUCUAUUCUCGAGAACAAUGUGAGACUGUUAAAUGGGCAUGAGGUCUGGCAUUGGGACUUUUGGGGUUUAAACUUGUGUCUGUGGGGGGACACACAUCUCAAAGGGACAUAUUGAGACAAUGGUCAGAUGCCAUAUAUUAUAUUUAAAAGAUUAUGCCUUGUAAAUUAACCCUCAAUUGUUUCUGGUUAUAUGACUGAGGUCUAAACGCUGCUGUUGACUUGAGACAUUGAUGAAGAUAAUGAA